AUGUCAAAACAUAUGUUGAUUCUCUCUUCUAAACUAAACAUCAAGGGCGGUGGCGGUGGCGGUGGCGGUGGAGGUGGCGGUGGAGCGGAGGGCGGGGCUCAGCUCACCUUGGCUCGGCGGGCAGGCGCGCAGACCUGGCGGCCAACAUGUACCAUCAGAGAUUAUGUCUACUUUGAGAAUUCCUCCAGCAACACUUACCUAAUUAGAAGAAUAGAAGAACUCAACAAGACUGCAAGUGGCAAUGAGGAAGCGGAAGUAGUGUGUUUUUAUAAAAGACGAGAUAUUUCCAAUACGCUUAUAAUGCUUGCGGACAAGCAUGCUAAGGAAAUUGAGGAAGAAUCUGAAACAACAGUGGAGAUCGACUUGACUGACAAACAGAAACAUCAGUUGAAACAUAGGGAGCUCUUUUUGUCACGCCAAUAUGAAUCUCUACCUGCAACACAUAUCAGGGGAAAAUGCAGUGUUGCCCUUUUGAAUAAGGCAGAAUCUGUGUUGUCAUAUCUUGAUACAAAGGACACAUUUUUCUACUCAUUGAUCUAUGACUCCUCAGUGAAGACCUUAUUAGCUGACAAAGGUGAAAUCAGAGGGGGUCCUAGAUACCAAGCAGGCAUUCCAGAAAUGCUCCUAGAAGGAGAAUCAGAUGAGAGGGAACAGUUGAAAUUGGAGGUUAAAGUUUGGGAUCCAAGUAGCCCACUUACGGACCGACAGAUUGACCAGUUUUUAGUUGUAGCACGUGCCAUUGGGACAUUUGCUCGAGCUCUCGAUUGCAGCAGCUCUGUGAGGCAGUUGAGCUUGCACAUGAGCGCAGCUGCUGCUUCCCGAGACAUCACCUUCUUUCACGCUAUGGAUACGUUGUACAGACAUGGCUAUGACUUGAGCAGUGCAAUUAGUGUCUUGGUACCACUUGGAGGACCUGUUUUAUGCAGAGAUGAAAUAGAAGAAUGGUCAGCCUCUGAAGUUAGCUUAUUUGAAGAGGCAUUGGAAAAAUAUGGCAAAGACUUCAAUGAUGCAUGCCAAGACUUUCUCCCUUGGAAAUCAUUGAUGAGCAUCAUUGAAUAUUAUUGCAUGUGGAAAACUACGGACAGAUAUGUGCAGCGGAAACGUCUAAAAGCUGCAGAAGCUGAGAGUAAACUGAAACAAGUAUACAUCCCAACUUACAAACCAAACCCCAACCAAAUAUCAACCAGCAAUGGCAAACCUGGCACUGUGAAUGGAGCUGUGGGGAACACGUUCCAGCCCCAGAAUCCCCUCUUAGGUCGAGCCUGUGAGAGCUGCUAUGCUACACAAUCUCGAAACUUGUUGGCUGUAUUGGAAAAACUAUGGAGGCCUAAAAAUGCCCACCCAGUCAGAAGAGGAGAAGUUAUCUCCCAGCCAAUCAUCAGAGGAUGCCCAAGUUACAAGUCACCUGUCCCAGCAGGCCAUGCAGGGAAUGCCAGUCCGAAACACUGGGAGCCCAAAGUCUGCUGUGAAGACGCGCCAAACUUUCUUCCUCCACACAACAUAUUUCACAAAAUUUGCUCGUCAGGUCUGCAAAAAUACCCUUUGAUUGCUGCAGGCAGCAAGACGUCUGUUUGUUGCUAUUAA